CGCCCGGGCGCGGAGCGGGAGCCGUGGGAAGGGCCGGCGAGGAAGACUCCUGGCGCCCAGGGUGGGAAGUGGGGAGUUGAGGCGGUGAUGUGGGGAUAUCAAGGAGGGCUGCGCGGAAAGGGAGCGGCAGGGCAGAGCGGGCAACAGCUGGGGGUUGUGGAGGGUGAAGGAAGGGAUCCGAGGGAAAGGGGUCUGGGGGAAAGUGAGGCGCGGGAGUGAGAGGGGGCGCUUGGGCUGGGAGCGGAGGGCUGCCGCGUGCUUCUAGGGGUGGGGUUCGAGGGCGCAGGUGAGGGGGUCUGAGGGGCGGAGCUGGGGUCGGAGGGAGGCAUCGAGGCCCUAAGCCCGGGUUCCAGGUCCCUGCUCCAGUCUCCGGAGGCGAAGCCGGGAGCUCCGGGCUCGGCGAUGCGGGUGCCCCUGGGCGCGCUGGCCGGCGCGGCGGCGCUGACCGGGGCGCUCAGCUUCGUGCUCCUGGCGGCCGCCAUCGGCACGGACUUCUGGUACAUCAUUGACACCGAGCGGCUGGAGCAGAGCGGCCGGGGGGCGCAGGACCCCGCGGGGGCCGCCAACCGCAGCCAGCUGGAGCCUCUGAGCUCGCACUCCGGCCUCUGGCGGACCUGCCGGGUCCAGAGCCCGUGCGCGCCGCUGAUGAACCCCUUCUGGCAGGAGAAUGUGACGGUCAGCGACUCCAGCCGACAACUCCUCACCAUGCACGGGACGUUCGUGAUUCUGCUGCCGCUCAGCCUGAUCCUGAUGGUCUUUGCGGGGAUGACGGGCUUCCUGAGCUUCCUCCUCCGAGCCUCCAUCCCCCUCCUGCUCACGGGAACCCUCUUCCUCUUCGGAGCCUUGGUGACGCUCGCUGGGAUCAGUGUCUAUAUCGCGUACUCAGCUGCCGCCUUCCACGAGGCGCUGUGUCUCCUGGAGGAGAAGGCCCUGCUGGACCAGGUGGACAUCCGCUUUGGCUGGUCCCUGGCGCUGGGCUGGAUCAGCUUCACCACCGAGCUGCUCACUGGGGCGGCCUUCCUGGCAGCAGCCCGUAUGCUCAGCCUGAGACGGAGGCAGGACCAGGCCGUAUGAGCCCAGCGUGGGGUCCUGGUGGGC